AUGGGCACGCACCCGAACGGUCCCUCGCACCUCUUUGGCUCCCCCUCGACCUCGAUACUCCUUCUCGACUCGCCGGCGGCACACUCGCAGUGUCCGUCGCGAAGAAAUAGCCAAACACUAAACAUCUGCCGUUCCUCUUCAAGAUCCUCCCCAUCGAGAAGGCGUUGCUGCUGCAAGGACACCCCGACAAGGCUGUCGCCGAACGUCUACGGGCACAGGAUCCAGACCAGGCACCGGACGAUCACCACAAGCAGAGACUGCGCAGCAAUCGGCAAGCCGCUAGGCGCAGGUGACGACGCGCUCUUGCUGGGAGACGUGGACACGGCGUUCACUAGUUUUGUCGGGUUUCACUCGCUCGCGGAGAUUCAGCAGGCAUUGCAAGGGAUGCUGGAGCUGCGGCGCACGGUGGGCAAUGAGGGACACGUGCGUGCGUUCUCGGAAUUCAUGAAUCUCGGCUGCGUUCUGGUGCGAGCGCCAACACUCGUGAAAGCUUAG